CUUGAUGACUCCUAUAAACCCCAUUUUUUUCAACAUUUCCACUCUCCAAACCCUCAAUCGCGAUGGGCUCCCUCGCGCUCACUUGCUCAUCUCCGUCCUCCUUCCUCCGGCGAGUUUCCCGCGCAAACGAGCCCCGUUUCCCUAUUUCUCUCCCCAGCCGUUGUCUUCCCAGAAGUCAAUGUAGUUGCAAGCCUCAAGGAUGGUCCAUUUCUACUUCUUUGAGGAUAGGUUGUUCUUUGGAGAGGGCAGGAAAUGCCACGCCUAAGAACCUUCAUGUUGCCUCAAUUGCAGCUGUUUCCCCUGAAGAAACCAUAGAAAACUCUUCUCUUCCAAAAGGUGACAUGUGGUCUGUUCAUAAAUUUGGUGGGACAUGUAUGGGCACGGCUGAAAGGAUUCAAAGUGUUGCAGAUAUAGUUUUAGGUGAUCCUUCAGAAAGAAAGUUGGUAGUGGUUUCUGCGAUGUCAAAAGUGACAGAUAUGAUGUAUAAUCUGGUCGACAGGGCUCAGUCGAGAGAUGAUGCAUAUUUGUCGUCACUUGAUGGUGUUUAUGAAAAACACAUGUUAACAGCAAAGCAGCUUCUUGAAGGAGAUGAUCUUGUUCGAUUCUUAUCUCAGUUGCAUAGUGACAUCAGUAAUCUGAAAGCAAUGCUUCGGGCAAUAUACAUAGCCGGUCAUGCUACUGAAUCCUUUUCAGACUUUGUUGUUGGUCAUGGAGAACUGUGGUCUGCUCAAAUGUUGUCAUAUGUUAUAAGAAAGAGUGGAAGGCCUUGCAGUUGGAUGGAUACUCGGGAUGUCCUCAUUGUAAAGCCUACUGGAGCCAAUCAAGUAGACCCUGACUAUUUUGAGUCAGGGAAAAAACUUGAAAAGUGGUUUACCGGGGAUAUAGCUGAUACAAUAAUUGCGACUGGAUUCAUUGCCAGUACGCCUAAAAACAUUCCUACGACUUUGAAAAGAGAUGGAAGUGAUUUCUCAGCAGCAAUAAUGGGUGCUCUUGUCAAGGCUCGUCAAGUAACUAUAUGGACUGACGUCGAUGGUGUAUAUAGUGCAGACCCGAGAAAAGUUAGUGAAGCUGUGAUACUGAGGACGUUGUCUUACCAGGAAGCAUGGGAAAUGUCUUAUUUCGGGGCCAAUGUUUUGCAUCCUCGCACCAUUAUUCCCGUGAUGAAGUAUAACAUUCCUAUUUUAAUUAGGAACGUUUUCAAUCUCUCGGCCCCUGGAACAAUGAUUUGCCAACAGACUGGGAAUGAAAAUGGGGAUGAGAAUAGUUUGGAGUCUUGUGUCAAAGCAUUUGCUACCAUAGACAACUUGGCCCUUGUUAAUGUUGAAGGAACUGGAAUGGCUGGUGUUCCUGGCACAGCUAGUGCUAUUUUUGGUACUGUUAAAGAUGUUGGAGCUAAUGUUAUCAUGAUAUCUCAGGCUAGUAGUGAGCAUUCAGUUUGCUUUGCUGUGCCAGAAGAAGAAGUAAAAGCAGUUUCUGAUGCAUUAGAGUCUAGAUUUCGUCAAGCUCUGGACGCUGGAAGGCUUUCUAAGGUUGAGGUCAUCCACAAUUGUAGCAUCCUAGCUGCAGUUGGCCAGAAAAUGGCAAGCACUCCUGGAGUUAGUGCUACUCUUUUUGAUUCAUUAGCAAAGGCUAACAUAAACGUAAGAGCUAUAGCCCAAGGUUGCAGUGAGUAUAACAUCACUGUGGUACUGAAGCAAGAAAACUGCGUAAGAGCACUACGGGCUGCACACUCUAGAUUUUAUCUCUCAAAAACAACAUUAGCCAUGGGCAUAAUUGGACCUGGCUUGAUUGGUAGUACACUACUCGACCAGCUUAGGGAUCAGGCUGCAGUUCUUAAGGAUAAAUUUAAUAUUGACUUGCGUGUCAUGGGAAUUACUGGAUCAAGGGCGAUGAUUCUGAGCGAAUCAGGAAUUGACUUAACUAGAUGGAGAGAACUUCAGAAAGAAAAGGCCCAAGCAGCUGACUUGGAGAAGUUUGCUCAACAUGUGCAUGAAAAUCAUUUCUUUCCAAAUACAGUACUGGUUGAUUGUACAUCAGAUUCAAACGUUGCAAACCAUUACUAUGAUUGGUUACGCAAAGGAAUUCAUGUUAUUACUCCGAACAAAAAGGCAAACUCCGGACCACUUGAUCGGUAUCUGAAGUUGAGGACAUUACAGAGGAAGUCCUAUACUCAUUAUUUCUAUGAAGCAACUGUCGGUGCUGGUCUCCCGAUAAUAGGCACUUUGCAGGGGCUGCUUGAAACUGGUGAUAAGAUUUUGUCUAUUGAGGGAAUUUUCAGUGGAACCCUGAGUUAUAUUUUCAACAACUUCAAAGGAACUCGAACUUUUAGUGAGGUCGUUGCUGAAGCAAAAGCUGCUGGAUAUACUGAACCUGACCCAAGAGAUGAUCUAUCUGGAACUGAUGUUGCUCGGAAAGUUAUUAUCCUGGCGAGGGAGUCAGGUCUGAAGCUAGAGCUUUCUGAUAUCCAGAUUGCAAAUCUUGUGCCAGAGCCAUUGCGGGUAAGACUAGCAUAUAUUUUGUUGUCAGGCAGUUGUAAGAGUGAUAAUGCUUGUGUUGUAUUUCAGGCUAGUUCAUCAGCCGCAGAAUUCAUGAAUGAACUUCCAAAUUUUGAUGGAGAUUUGUCAAAACAACGAGAUGAUGCAGAGGCUGCGGGUGAAGUGUUGAGAUAUGUCGGCGUAGUAGACAUUGCCAAUGAAAAAGGCAUAGUAGAGCUGAGAAGAUACAGUAAAGAUCACCCAUUUGCGCAGCUAUCCGGAUCCGAUAACAUCAUAUCAUUUACCACCAUGAGAUACAAGGAUCAGCCGUUGAUUGUUCGCGGACCUGGUGCAGGUGCUGAGGUCACUGCUGGUGGAGUUUUCAGUGAUAUUUUGAGGCUAGCAUCUUAUCUGGGCGCACCAUCGUAAAUAAAGAAAUUGCGACUAUUAUUGUGCUUUGUGAAGCAACUAUGAUGGGUUUUUGAUCUGUUAUUUCAUUUUAUUAUCAGAAACUGAAAAUGUUGAGAGUACUGUACGAAAGAGCUUUGUAUUGCAACUAUUUGUUAAUAUCAACUAGGGCAAAUCUGCGUAAGUUCCGAAGGUUUGUUUUUGCCUUUAAA